GAAGUUCAAGUGCCCAUUAUGUCGCAAGAGGACUGUCGUAAAUCACGCUAUGGCCCAACACGCAUAACAGACAACAUGCUCUGCGCUGGAUUCGAUGAGGGCAAGAAGGACUCCUGCCAGGGCGAUAGUGGAGGACCGCUGCACGUUGUGGCGCCAGGUACCCGAGAACAUCAAAUUGCCGGCGUGGUGUCUUGGGGCGAGGGUUGUGCCAAGGCUGGCUUUCCAGGCGUUUACGCACGCGUCAAUCGCUAUGGCAGUUGGAUUAAGACGGUGACAAGAAAUGCUUGCCUCUGCCAUUCGGAGACGAAGAAGAUAAAGAAACUUUAAGGGGGAAGGAAGCGGGACAAAAACGUGAAUGAUUUGGAAAGUUUGUGCAGCGCAAAGAAAGCGGCUUGUGGGUGGGGCGGUUAUACUACUUGUAUUUUUAUGUAGGUCAGCUUAGCUGUAGUUUGUGUAGG